UUCAUGAAUUCGUGACAUUCCUAGAUGUCAUAGCAAUAAUCGACAACGUCAAAUGUGAUUGUAAUCGAACAUAUUCGCACAUAUAUCAAUUAUUACUAGAAAUAUUAUUAAGAAUAUCAUUAUAUCACUAUACGAACCGUAUUCAAAUUUCUCAGUAUGAUUCGUUUCAUACUAAUCCAGAACAGAGCUGGAAAAACUCGAUUAGCCAAAUGGUAUAUGAACUUCGACGACGAUGAAAAACAAAAACUCAUUGAAGAAGUUCACGCAGUCGUUACAGUCAGGGACGCCAAGCAUACAAAUUUUGUAGAGUUCCGUAAUUUCAAGAUAGUUUACAGAAGAUACGCAGGACUCUAUUUCUGCAUAUGUGUUGAUGUCAAUGACAAUAAUCUCUGUUACCUCGAAGCCAUACACAAUUUCGUUGAGGUUCUGAAUGAAUACUUCCACAACGUUUGCGAGUUAGAUUUAGUGUUCAAUUUUUACAAAGUGUACACCGUGGUAGACGAAAUGUUUCUUGCAGGAGAAAUAAGGGAAACUUCUCAGACUAAAGUAUUGAAACAGUUGCUAAUGUUGAACGCCCUAGAAUAAUGUUUUAGUGAACCUUGCGAAGGUUUGAGAUUGUCGAUAAGGAUUCUGGACCUGCUUUGUACGUUAGUCUCGAUUGUUGAAGAAAGUAUAUUUGUUUUCAAAUGAAGGUAUGCAUUGUUAAGGUUAGAAGUUUAUUCGGCCAUUUUGAUUUUGUACAGUUUUUGGAUUUAGGUAAACAUGGAUAAAUUCUAUUCGGAUCUGUUAAGAAAGUCAAUAUCCAGUCAUAACAACUUUUGCUUGUUAUUAAAAUGUUUAAUAACUUAAUAAAUCUAAGACCAUAUUGAUAUUAUCCAUUUAUUGAAGUUACUAGAUAACUUUCAGUUCAAUCAUUCAAUUUGAAGAAUUGGUGUUCCAAUAGCACACUAAUAGUAUUCCAGAACCUUCACAAUAUUAAAUUACCUCCAUUUAGAAGUAUCGUAUAUGUCUUAAGCAAAUAAAUUUCAAGUUUCUAUAUUUUAUGAUACUCGGUUGUUAGUAUUAGGAAAAAGAUUAAUUUUUUAUUAUUAUUAUACUAUCUGUAUGUGUUGCGUGAGUUGUUGGUGUGACAUUCCAUUUUUCUGAAUGAUAUCUAAUAAAAGAGUAACUAAUUGAAGGAA